AUGGUUGAUGGCAAUAGAACCAAAUGCGAGGUUACAACAGAAAGUGGACUGCAUCAGGUGUCAGAGAGACCAGUAUACAUUAUCUUUAUUCACGAAAGGGCCUACAAAUCUGUUAUAAUUCCACGGAACCAAAUUUGGUAGUAUCAAGGGAUCUGCUCGUCAUCAACAAGUUUCCACACCAACCAAUAAACAAGUGACAUAUAAACAGUACGAACAAAGUGUUGUCCGGUCACCUGCACACCUCUUCGGCCAGCUCUCUCUCAUUGGCUAACGAUUAUGUGACCCUGCAAAAUUCAACCAUGGAUCAACUGAUACCGCUAGAGGAAGUGGAGCGACAAGUUGAUUGUUGGCAAUGUCUUACGUUGAUACCCUGACGAAGCAUGCUCAUACAUAAUAAAGGACUGAGCAUUUAGUGGGACAUAUCAGACGGCGCUGCUGGUCAGCCAGAGAUAUCCCAAUUUUAGAACUGCUUCACUUGGACUCAAGGUUUUCAGCAAACUUCAUCGUGAAACAGCAUCCAACCAUGACGGGAGUUACACUGCUUUUAACAGCACUGCUGGUCGGUGCUGUUACCAUAGUUUACUCGAGACCCAUCGAGAAUGCGCAAGACGCAAUGACGUACUUAAACUUCUAUGGCUACAUGAACCAACAGCCAAGUGACGGCAGUGUUCCAGAUGAGGAGGAGAUGAAACAGGCAAUCCUUAAAUUUCAAUACAUGGCAAACUUGACGCAAACUGGUGAAAUGAAUGCAGAGACCUAUGCCAAGAUGAACAUGCCUCGCUGUGGCAUGCCAGAUAACGUGGGUCAUGCCCUGGACACCAGGCGCAAGAAGAGGUACUCCCUCGGCAGCAAAUGGUCAAGGACUGACUUGACCUAUCGAAUCGACAACACGACUCCUGACAUUCCUAGUCGGACAGACGUGGAUGCAACUAUGGCGAGAGCAUUCAAGGUCUGGUCAGAUGUCACACCGCUAACUUUCACACGAGUUUUCGGCAAUACACCCGCCGACAUCAUCAUCUUCUUUGCACCAAGCAAUGUGGACCACGGUGACGGUCCGCAGGGGGCCUUUGACGGACCGAAUGGGGUUCUUGCACACGCUUUCUUCCCGGAGAUCGGAGACGCUCAUUUUGAUGAAGCUGAAACUUGGACUAUUGGAUCAUUUCAGGGAAUCAACUUAUUCCAGGUGGCAGCUCAUGAAUUUGGUCACAGCUUGGGACUGGGCCACUCUAAUGUCCAGGGAGCUUUGAUGGAAGCAUUUUAUGCAGGUUACGUUCCAAACUUCCAGCUUCAUCCGGAUGACAUUGCUGGCAUCCAAGCCCAUUAUGGGGCUGGCUCUGGCAGACCGGAAGUGACCAUGGCUCCCAACCCACCUGCCCCGGACAUUCCUUGCACAGGCAGAGUAGACGCUGUCACGACAACACAAGACCGCUCAACGUACAUUUUUGAAGGAAGUAACGUUUGGAAAUUCGAAAGUGGUGCAUCCCGGAUUUCCUCUGGCUUUCCUAAGACUAUCGCCUCAACCUUUGCUGGCCUACCAAACGAUAUCGACACGGCGGUUUACUAUCCGGCAAAUGGAAGGACGUACUUUUUCAAGGGAAAUCAGUACUGGCGAUUUAAUAAUGAAGUAAUGGAUGCGAACUAUCCAAGACCCAUCCGUGGUAACUGGGGCACCCUACCAAACGAUCUUGAUGCUGCGUUCAUAUGGAGUGGAAACAAUAAUUUAUACUUUGUCAAAGGCAAUCAAUAUUACCGUUUUAAUGGUGGUGUUGACCAAGGCUACCCUCGCUCCCUCAGUGUUUGGAACAUCCCAGGUAAUGACGUUGCUGCUGCUGUUCAGUGGAUCAACAGACGUACGUAUUUCUUCAACUCUAAUGGAGGCUACUUCAGAUACAAUGAUGGGAAUUUGCAGGCCGAUAGCGGGUACCCGCGAGAUGUAGCCUCUGCAUGGCAGGGUUGCACAAACACUCUUGCGGCGGCUACUCCCACUGCUGGUAGCGGUGUAAAUGGUCUUGUACCCAGUCUCCUCGCAUUACUGCUGCCCAUUGCCUCGGGAGCCGUGCUUUUUAAAUCAUUCUCGUUUCCGAUUCAUCUCCAAUUUUAACGCCAGACGGCAAGGUAGGAAUUGGUAGGAAAACUUUGUUUUGCCCCUCCCACAUUAUCUGAUGACGUACGCGAACUUAAGGUGAUGUAUAUUUAAGCCGUGCAGUGAAUUAGAUAUAUUGGCCAGUAAUGUUAUUACAUCUAUUGAUAUUCAGAGACUUAAACCUGUUAUUCGUGUUUAGGUUGUGCCAAUAUUUAGUGUGUUUCGUUUGUUGAUGUACUGCUUAGAUUGGGAUAGGUUAGUAUUUAGAAAUAAGUAGAAAUGAUAAUUUGUCGUCUAUUUAAAUUGAAGUUACACUAUUUUAAAAGAAGAAAUCAAUCAUGUUUCAUCGACUUCCAUUUUAAUUUCAGUUGGUUGCAAUACAUGCAUUCGUAAGGUCAGUUUAUCUUAAUGUUUAAUCUAAAAUUAAUCAAUCAAAAUUUAGAUUUGGGAUUUUGAAAUUAUUUGAUCAAAUUUCAGAUUAUUUUCUAGUUGGUGCAAACUGCCUACUUUGAGUCUGGCACUGACUAAUUGUUGAUUGAUUGGCGCCAAUCCCUAGUGUAGUUGCUGCAGACACGCUAAAUCUCCCUAAAUUUCACAAAAUGAUUAACGGUCAGUGGUUUUGUGGAUCAUUUCUUUCUGCUCAUGGUGAGAUUGCACACUGAAGUGUUUCCAUAAUAAAACCUCCAAUAGCUGAACACGACUGCGA